AUGCCCUUGGCCACUCAAGGAACAGUCCACCCGAAGGCAAACCCACAGUCGAAGUCGUGGGAAGUCUUGUUGAGCCCUAGCUACCGAGCUUCGUGGCGGGCUAGUCUGUAUGGUGCGGAGCGUGGAUUCAAGCAUGUGAUUGCUGCCUACAGUCGUGCGCAGCGUUGGCAGAAAGCAACAAGUUUGUUGCUUUACAUGCGAUGCCAAGACUUCAAGGUGGACUCUUUGGUGACGUGCAGUGCAAUAAUGAAGACCUGUUCUCGUGUGCAGCGGUGGCAGCGAGCAGCAGGCCUUUUCUGUAGCAUGCAGGAUGAGGGCAUCUUGCCAGAUGCUAUCAGUUUUGGGAUCCUGUUGAGUGCUCACCAGAGGAAGCAUUCUUGGCAAAGAUCAGAGUGCGUUCUGAAAGCAAUGCGCAGGAUGAAAGCGCUGCCGAAUCAAAUUUGCCUCCAUUCUGCUGCUCUUGCCUCGGCAGCCGGGGGAAGAUGGCAAAUUGCGUUGAACACUUUAACUUCACCCGGGGCACUUUGCAGCAAAGAUCUUGCAAGCUUCAACGGCAUGAUCUUGUGCUUCGAAAGAGGGGGAAAAUGGAAGUCAGCAGCAUGGUUGCUGAAUCGGCUUGGUGCAUGGAGACUCAGUCCAGACGAAGUUGGGGCCAGCGCUUACGUCAAUGCCUGUGGGAAGAACAGAAUUUGGCAAAUUGCCGCAGCAGUCCUGGACUCUGCCGCUGGCAUCAGCAUUGACACCGUUCUGUGCAACGCUGCAUUGGACGCAUAUGCUCGCGCGGGGGCGUGGUUGCAGGCAUGCUCGCUGUUCCACAAGAUGUGCAGGAUGUACCCGAAGCAGUCCAAUCGGUCCAAAGGCAAAGGGUCCAAGCCUGAUGAAAUAAGCUCGAGCACACUUCUGGCCACUUGCGAACGUGCUUCCCAGUGGAAGCCGCAGCUCGCGAUCCUGAGUCUGUGCAGGGAUACCAGAUUGCCGCUGAGAGUUGGAGCGUUGAACGUCGUACUACGUUCUGGUAGAGAUCCCGGCAUGCGGUGGGCAUGGUCGUUGCAAAUGCUGGCAGAUAUGCAAUCGGGGACCAGUGGAUUUGAUGUCGGGAGUCUGAAGUCGUCGGCGCAAGUGUGCGUGGAGAGCCGCAGCUGGAAGCACGGCGUCGCGCUUUGCUUGGGGCAAAGUCGCGAUGUGAAAUCCUUUGUGGCUGCAGCGCUGCCGGAGUGUUCCAAGUGGCAAAUGGGAUUGGCCAUUCAUGCGCCAUCUCCGGUAUCUGUGCUGCCGGCGUACCAGUGGUGGGCGGCAGUGGGAGUGCUGGGCUUGUCCUGUAGAUUGCGAGCUCCAUCCACUAAGCUCGCAUGCAGCUCAGCCAUCAGCUGCUGUGGGAAGGCGCAAGCAUGGCUGGAAGCGCUCUUCAUCUUUCACCGUGCAGACGCGGCGGGCAUGCAGAUCGACGUUGCUGCUUUGAACAGUGCAGUAACGGCAAGUGGGAAUGGUCGGGUGUGGCAGCUCGGCCUCCUUCUGAGGGACAGCUUGCAGCGUCUGGCCCUCUCGGCGGACAACUUCAGCCUGACUGCGGUGCUCGGCUGCGUGGCGCACUCCACCAGGUGGGACCUGGCCUUGGGCUUGCGCAGGAGCUCGAGCCGCCAUCGCAGCCCCACUGAACUCAGCGCAAUUGUGAACUGCUGCGAUAUUGGCAAAGAGUGGCUGAUCGCCCUUCGUCUCCUUCGUGCAGCGCCUGCAGCAGAUCUGGCAAGCGUAAGCGCUGCCGUGAGUGCUUGUGGGAAGCACAGCGCAUGGCAACCAGCCAGCUUGCUUCUGCAUGGAACGGCAAGCGCAGCUCUGCAAGUAGAUGUCUUGAUCUACGAUGCUGCCAUGGCGGCUUGUUCGGUGGCCGAAUCGCAUCUUUCAUCUCCGGCAGCAUGCUGUGAUCGCUGGGCUCUGGGAAGUCAUUUGCUGAACCUCAUGUCUGAAAGCUGGAUAUCUGCAUCAGUCUUCAGCACAACUGGAGUCAUGACGACUUUUUCCAGGGACAGUCAGUGGCGACUGGCGGUUACAUUUCUGGAGGCCUUGCAGAUGCAAGCUAUGCGAAGCAAUACUUCCCACAGCAUUGAUUCGACAGUCUACAACGCUGCCAUCAGUGCCUGUGAGAAAGCUGGAGAGUGGCGAGUUGGGUGCCUGCUGCUUAACAACGCAGAAAUCACCAGCUUAUCUCAGCGGAUCAGCUAUCAUGCAGCAAUCAGCGCCCUGGAAAAAGGUGCCGAGUGGGCAGGGGCAUUCCAGAUGAUGAAGCGUAUGCAGUCUUUCAACCUUGAGGCCGAUUUGACCGGACUUAAUGCAGCAAUCAGCGCCUUUCAAAGAGCCAGAGAGUGGUGCCAGGCAUGCGUGGCAUUGGGCGUGGCUUGCAGCAAAGCACUUUGCGAUGAAAUUACACUCAGCACCGUCGUCAGCGCAUGCGAGAAAGCUGGUGAAUGGCAGCAAGCUCUUGCACUGUUGUUGUGCGCGCCAUCUUAUCGCGCUCUCCUGAAUCAGAUCAUGAUGAACGCCGUUAUUAGUGCUUGCGAGAAGGGGGAAAGGAGACAUGGGAGCAGUCCCUUUCUUGCCGAGCACGAAUCUUCUGCAUGA